AUGCUAGUUCUGGUUUUCUUCCGUUCGCUGCCGACGUCGAGCUCUGUGACAGGCGGCCCGAAGGCGUCGGUAGACCUUUCGCCGCUGACGAAACAGAUCGAAGCGCUUCAGAGGAAUGUGGCGCAGAUCUCCUCGGAUCUCCAGCGCAGUCAGAAAGAGGCAGCACAAGGUUUUGCAGAGAUGCGACAGGCGCAGCAGGACCGGAGAUCGAUGGACGAGGAGAUGCUCCUGGCGCUGAAGGAUUUGCUUGAGAUUGCAGCAGGAGAGAUGGAUGGUGCCCAUGGCAACAAUGGUGUCGUCCCCAAUGUCAACCAAGGAGUGCCACACAACUCGGUGCACACCCUCAGGGCCGUACCAACUCCUUUGAAUCCAAACCUAAUCAAUUCCGAGCCCCCGGUGGUGCAACCUGUUCCUGUGCAGGCCCCCAUGCCUGUUCCCGUGCAGGCCCCUGUGCCUGUUCCCGUGCAGGCCCCUGUGCCUAUUCCUGUGCAGGCCCCUGUGCCGGCCCAGCCUAUGCCAGAGCCGACAUCAGCCGCAUCCGCACCAGGCCUUUUCGGUGCCAACUCUACGGCGACUCCCAUGCCCACCACCCCUGAGAUGGCAAAUGCCAAGGACCCCUUUGCGGCAGCAAGGCAAACCACCCCCGAGCCUGUGCCAACACCAGCCGUAACCACACCGCUUUCAACAGCACCGGGCCUUUUCGGUGCCAACUCUAUGGCGACUCCCAUGCCCACCACCCCUGAGAUGGCAAAUGCCAAGGACCCCUUUGCGGCAGCGAGGCAAACCACCCCCGAGCCUGUGCCAACACCAGCCGUAACCGCACCGCUUUCAACAGCACCGGGCCUUUUCGGUGUCAAUUCUGCGGCGACUCCCAUGCCCACCACCCCUGAGAUGGCACAUGCGGUCCCAGAGGCUGUACCCAUGCAACCCCCUGUGCCUAACCCGGCACCGGCUACGCCGGAACAGAUUCCUACCCCCAUGCAAACCCCAUCAUCCUUGAAUGGGGGCUCGUCACUGUUCAACAAUGCCGCUUGCCUAAAUUGGGGCCUUGCUCUUGGCUGCAAGCUUGAGACACACAGCCUCAUUUGCUGCAUUUUGCUACACAUUGCCAGACAGCUAAGGACAAGAUGA